AAUGGAGGAUUAUCGAAAUGCUAUUAAAAAAUUGAAAUUGCAAGCUUAAUAGUUAGAGCAAGAAAAUAAUGAACUUAAAGUUAAGUUAGCUAUGCCUGCUGAUGAAGAAUUACGCAUACCUUAAUUUGAAUCUAUAUUGGCUGCAAAUACUUCUCAAUUAUACAUACGUGAAAAAGUAUUAAAAGAAUUAUAAAAAUGUUGUAAUGAAAGAGGAAUGACAGUAGAAAUGCUUUUUAGAUGUGCUGACAAAAGAUUUACAGGAAAAUUGACUAUUCAAGAAUUUAAAGAAUUUUUAGAUUCAUUUUUUGAUGGAAAAAUCGAUGGAAUAACCCUUUAAAAGAUUGCUUUGCUUUUUGAUGAUGAUUGCAGUGGAUUUAUUAUGAGGGAGGAAUUCUAUAGGGUUCUCAUAUAUUGUAAAUGCAAUGCUGAAGAUCAUACCUAUAUUCUCAAUACAUCAGCUAUGAAAAUGGGUCAGCCUUAAGAUGAUCCUGCCAGAAUCUAAGAAAGAGUUAUGGAAAAAUUUAUUAAAUAUCUCAAAGGCUUAAAGAAUACCCCUAAAGGUAUUGUAGAAUAAAUUGAUUAUUAAUAAAAAGGUUACAUCACUACAGAUGAUCUAUUAAUGUCUAUGAAAAAUGAUUUUGGAUCAAAUGAGAUCUUUAUUAUCAUGAAAUACUUUGAUAUCAAACAAUUAAAUAAGAUUAAAACUGAAGAUUUCUUAUUUGAUCUUAAAGAAUGUCUUAAUCCAAAUAAAACUGCAUAACAAUUAUUAUCUCUUAGAGAAAAUAAUACUGGAUUACGUAUACUUUAAGAUAUGAGAAAAUUUAGAUAAGUUUUAAGAUAAUAUAAAUUAGAUCCUUUGAUGAUUUAUUAUUAAUGUUACCCAAAAGAUGUUUAAAGAAAAUAAAUAACUGAUUUGGCUAUUGCAUUUAGUAAAUAUAUGAAAGGUACUUAAUUUGAUCAAAUCAUGAAUUGGAUGAGAUUAAUUGAUACUAGUCAAGAUGGAGCUGUUGAUAUUGAAGAAUUUAAAAUGGCUAUUCUUAUUGAAGAAGAUCUAGCAACUUAUCAACAAUUAAAAGUUGAAAGAUAAGAAUAAAUUGAGCCAACCUUGAUUGAAGUUGUCAUUGAAAAAAUGAAAAAAAAGUAAGUUGGUCUUGAAGAAUUUUUUGAUUGGAUUGACACAGAUCAAAGUCAAAUUGUAACAGUUUUGGAAUUGAGAAAAGGAUUUUUAGCAUUGAACAUUGAUAUUGGUUAUGUUCUUAAACUCUUAAAAUUAUUUGAUAAAGACCAAAAAGGAUAAAUAGACAUUUGUGAAUUUUAUGAGGCUUUUGGCUUAGAGUACAAAGAUGAAACUGAUAGAAUCAUUAUGAAAAAGGCUGCCAAUAAACUCAAUAAAAUGUUUAUUAAGAAUUAAACUAAUUUUGUUGCAGGAAUGAAAAAAUUACUUUAUACUUUUAAUCAAUCAUGCCCAAUCAUAACUUGCGAAGAGUUUCUUUUGGGUAUGGAUUCUGUUAAAGAUAAGUGUAAUUUGAUGGAUGGAGAAAUAUAUAAGAUGAUGGAAUUUGCAGAUUCAGAAAAAAAAAAUCAAAUUUAAUUAAAUUCAUUUUGUAAUUACUUAUAUAGUCUACUCUGA